CGGAUAUUCUGCAACUGUUGGUUCGCCCUUCUCAGUAGGUUACGACAACCCGUGCUACACAGCUUGGGGCUACCCCAGCAACGAGCACUUCCAGGCAUCGGAUCGACAUGUCCCCUACUCGUCAGCCUCAGUGGUCACAAGUCUCGCCGCAGGUGUAUAGAUACCUCACCAAAGAGACAUGACGAGCCCUGAUGUCAACGACACGGUCGUCGACCCCGGUCUCGAUACUGAAUUUUUCCCACUUCACCUUGCCCCCUGCUCCAGUGGACCGAACUACUGCUCAUGACACCAACACACUUUCAUCCUGGCCUACCCAGGAUUCAUCGUUCCUUUCCCAACCUGUCGCUGACCCCAUCUUCGCUGCCCAGACCAAUGAGCAACCCAACGGCUUCGACUAUGGACAGUACUCGCAAGACGCAACAAACCAGCCGGACUGGUCACAAGAUGACGGUGUUGCUCAAGCAGACCCAUCUCCCGCACCCGCCGAUUCGAACAAGCCAUUUGUGUGCCCAUAUUCCGGCUGCACCAACCCAUAUCAUCCUCGACAAUGUGACCUCGCCAAGCACAUCAACAAUCACACCAAGCCCCGCAAGUGUGACAUCUGCGGCGCCGGCGGCGCCGUGGCCAAGGACCUCAACCGCCACAUGUGGACGCACCACCCGGAUGAAGCGAGGAGGCGUGGCGUGCCGAAGGAGGAGGACCGCUGCUUGGUCUGCGGGUACACGGGACGUAAGGACAAUGUCAAGAGGCAUAGGGAUACGAAGAAUCACUGGGUCAGUGGGUGACUGUCGCGAUCUGUGUUCUUUUUCCCGUGAGCGAAGGCCCGGUAUUUAUUAGGAGCUAAAGCAUGAGAUGUUGGCAUUAGACUUUUGAGACGAACAGUCUGGGAC